CUACAAAUCGUCGAAAUAGUAAUUGCGGUAUUUUUGUUACAAUCAUGAACAAGAUACAUCGUCUGGAGAGAACAUUGACACAUUUGCGAUCUCUCAACAUCUUCAGAGUGAAUUCUACGAGGUGUUUUAGUACGGGGAAAGAUUCAGAGGGAGAAAGCAACGACUCGCCGAUCUCGGAGUGCGUUGUUGACAAGAAAGAAAUUCAAGUAGAGACGAAAGAAAAUACAGAAACAACAACGAAGCCUGAGAAAAAAUUGAGCGGCUUCGCGCAAAGUUAUGAAAAGUUCUCGCACAUUAAUGAUAAAGUUCCAGAGACACCCAAAACAUUUGCUUCUCUGAUUCGCAACUCCAAAUUUGUCGAUCUGGGAGAUCCUGAAGGAAAAAUAGUAACUGGAGAGAUCUUUCAUGUGGUCGAUGAUGAUCUAUACAUUGAUUUUGGAUGGAAGUUUCACUGUGUUUGUCGGAAACCUGUCAAAAAUGGGCAGUACUACGUGAGAGGAUCAAAAGUUAGAUUAAGAAUAAAGGAAUUGGAAUUAUCAAGCAAAUUCUUAGGUGCAACUACAGAUGUAACUCUUCUAGAAGCUGAUUGUAUUUUAAUAGGCUUAAUAUCGUCACCAUUACAAAUGGCAGAAAAGAAAACAAGGGUCAGUAAGCCAAGAAUACAGAAUUUCUAAUAUCAAUUAAGUAAUAUCUAUGUUGAAUAAAAUCUAUUUAACACGUA